AUGACAAAUAUCAACACAGGGAAAUCUUGGAGCUGCUGCCCGAAGAAUUGGAAGCCAUUUGGUUCAAAUUGCUACUUUAUUUCUUCUGAGAUAAGAAAUUGGACUGACAGCAAGAAGCACUGUGCAGAGAUGCAGGCGCAUCUGCUGGUGGUCGACAGCAAGGAGGAGCAGGACUUUAUUACCAAGAAUUUGAAAUUGAAUCAAGAUUAUUAUUUGGGGCUGUCAGAUCUGAAGAAUGGUCACUGGGAAUGGGUUAAUGAGACACCAUACAAUCCAAGUGUCACGUUCUGGUACCCAGGCGAACCCAGUGAUAACAAUGAACAUUGUGUUGUGUUAGAUUUUCUUUCCACAAGGCGCCAAUGGGGCUGGAAUAAUGUCCCUUGUUAUAAUUCUCAUCAAUCAAUUUGUGAGAUGUUGAAGAUCUACUUAUGA